UGCCCAUCAUGCCGUACGGAAAGGUCGACGAGCUCGCCAUCAACACCAUCCGAACCCUCGCGGUCGAUGCCACAUUCACUGCCAAUUCGGGCCAUCCUGGCGCCCCUAUGGGCAUGGCCCCGGUGGCCCACGUCCUGUUCAACAAGUUCAUGACGUUCAACCCAAAGAACCCCGACUGGGUCAACCGCGAUCGUUUCGUCCUCUCCAACGGUCACGGAUGCAUGCUUCAGUAUGCUCUGAUCCACCUCUUCGGCUACAAGGUCACCAUUGAUGACUUGAAGAACUUCCGUCAAGUCGACAGCAUCACCCCCGGCCAUCCCGAAGCUCAUGACACUCCCGGUAUCGAGGUCACAACUGGCCCUCUUGGCCAGGGUUUCGCCAAUGCCGUCGGUCUCGCAAUGGCGCAGGCGCAUACUGCGGCCGUCUUCAACAAGCCUGGCUUCGACCUGAUCAACAACCACACCUUCACCUUCUUCGGCGACGGCUGCGCCAUGGAGGGUAUUGCUAGUGAGGCUGCUUCAAUGGCUGGCCACUUGAAGCUCGGAAACCUCAUUGCUAUCUACGACGACAACCACAUCUCCAUUGACGGUGACACCAAGUGCGCCUUCACCGAGGACGUCUUGGCGCGAUUCGAGGCCUACGGCUGGCACACUCUGCACGUCAAGGACGGCGACUCUGACCUCGAGGGCAUUGAGAAGGCCAUUGCCGAGGCCAAGAAGGUCACCGACAAGCCCACCGUCAUCAAGCUCACCACCACCAUUGGUUUCGGCUCCAAGCUCCAGGGCACCGGCGGAGUCCACGGCAACCCCCUGAAGGAGGACGACAUCAAGCAGGUCAAGGAGAAGUUUGGCUUCGACCCCGAGAAGAUGUUCGCCGUUCCCCAGGAGGUCUACGACCAGUACCACAAGCACGCUGCUGAGGGUGCCGCUGCUGAGGCCGAGUGGAACAAGCUCUUCGAGAAGUACGGCCAGGAGCACAAGGACCUCCACAAGGACCUUGCCCGCCGACUGACCCGCGAUCUCCCCGAGGGCUGGGAGAAGUCUCUCCCCACAUACAAGCCCACCGACGCCGCCAUCGCCUCAAGAAAGCUCUCCGAGAGCGUUCUGGAGGCCAUUCACGAAGUCGUCCCCGAGCUUAUCUCUGGAUCUGCUGAUCUGACUGGCUCAAACAACACCCGAUGGAAGAAGGCCAUUGACUUCCAGCCUCCGGAUCUUGGUAUCGGUGAGUGGGCUGGCCGCUACAUCAGGUACGGUGUCCGCGAGCACGCCAUGGCAGCCGUCAUGAACGGUCUCUCCGCGUACGGAACCAUCAUCCCCGCUGGGGGUACUUUCCUCAACUUCGUCUCCUACGCCGCUGGUGCCGUCCGUCUGUCCUCCCUCUCCCACCAGCGCGUCAUCUACGUCGCCACCCACGACUCCAUCGGUCUUGGUGAGGAUGGCCCGACCCAUCAGCCUAUCGAGACCCUCGCCCAUUUCCGCGCCCUACCCAACAUGAUGGUCUGGCGCCCAGCUGACGGAAAUGAGACGUCCGCUGCCUACUACAUGGCUCUCACAUCCAAGGGCACUCCUUCCAUUCUUGCUCUUACCCGUCAGAACCUGCCCCAGCUUGAGGGCUCAACGCUCGAGAGGGGUAUCAAGGGUGGAUAUGUUGCUCUUGAGAACGAAGGUGCUGACAUCACCCUCGUUUCCACUGGUUCCGAAGUCUCCCUCUGUCUUGAGACCGUCAAGACGCUCAAGGACCAGGGCAUCACUGCCCGUGUCGUCUCGAUGCCCUGCAUGGAGGUCUUCGAUGCGCAAGAUAAGAAGUACCAGCUCUCCGUCAUCCCUGAUGGCAUUCCCUCUCUUAGUGUUGAGGUCAUGUCGACGCUUGGCUGGGCGAAGUACUCGCACGAGCAGUUUGGUCUUAACCGAUUCGGUGCCUCUGGCCCGUACAAGGAGGUCUACAAGAAAUUCGAGUUCACCCCCGAGGGCAUCGCCAAGCGUGCUAAGCUUACCAUUGACUUCUACAAGGACGUCAAGCCUCUCCGCUCUCCUGUCAACCGUGCGUUCCAGCAGCUUAUUUAAAUGUUUGCGCAAGCAGAUUUGUUUGUUUGAGCUGGGAUAGGGGACUUGAGCUUUGAUGAGAUAUGAAAGGCUAUAGUUGCCUCGUUAAGGAAAAUGACGACUCAGAUGUAUAGAAAUUGAUUCCCCAUGACC